GCGUAUUCCAUUCGUGGAACACAGAAGCAGAAGAAGAAAUCUAGAAAGGAAAUUCGAUCGAUCGAUUGAUCAAUCAGAUAGUUGCAGCUAAAAAUGGCAGGGCGAGGAAAGGCUGGCGGCGCAGGCGGCUCAAAGAAGGCUACUUCACGGAGCACAAAGGCCGGCCUGCAAUUUCCAGUCGGUCGAAUCGCCCGAUUUCUCAAAGCAGGAAAGUACGCAGAGCGUGUUGGCGCAGGCGCACCGGUUUACCUUGCCGCCGUCCUCGAGUACCUGGCCGCUGAGGUUCUGGAGCUCGCCGGUAAUGCCGCCCGGGACAACAAGAAGACGAGGAUAGUCCCUCGCCAUAUACAGCUCGCCGUCCGUAACGAUGAGGAGCUCAGUAAGCUUUUAGGCGCUGUUACAAUUGCUAAUGGCGGCGUUAUGCCUAAUAUUCAUAACGUAUUGUUGCCUAAAAAGGGAGGCUCUUCUGCUGGUUCGUCUAAAUCUGGCGGCGCUGAUGAUUGAGAAUCGAGCGGAUCUUGCUUGUACAUGUAGAAUUUAAGGUCAUUCUGUAUUGAUUUGUUCUGUUCUCUAACAGUUGGUAGAUUUGGUUCGGCAUUUCGUUGCAUCUUUGCGAUGCUGCGAAACUUUGCAGAUCUAAUUUAGAUGUGACUUUCUGAAUUUGAGGAUUCGGAUUUGCAGUCUGCUCUGAUGAUUUGGGGUUUGCAUUCCGAUCGUCAUUGUAUAAAUUGAAGAGAAAAUUGUUACAGUAGUAUUUCAUUGGAAAAUUUCUCUGUUAUUUACCGGCUUUGGCCGGUUUGAUUUCA